AACCCUGAGUUUAGACACAGAUCGCCGAACAAAACCAGCCACCUGGCUCCUGGCACAGAGCAGCACUCCGGCUCCUGGCAUCGGAGCAAACAGGCGCCGCACAGCAGCUAGGAGAGCUUACAGCAAGGACCACGCAGAAGCAAGCAAUCACUAGUUCUUAAAAUCAUACACAGGCUGCCUGCAAAGAACAGUAUCAAGAGAGGUCUCCCCCUGUAAAUGGCCGGGAAUCUCGGGCCCCAGCAGCUGCGAUUAUCCAUCCCCUUCUGCUCGUCCCCCCCGACCAUGUGAUGGUCCUGUCCGAGGCGAUCAGCUGCCGGAGGCUGGCGCUGCGUCACUCCGUGCCGGGAGAGGGGCUCGGGGCUGCUCCGCCUGCCGGGACCGGUGCCUGCAGCAUGGAGAAAGGACUGGUUGUUACUCAGCUGGAUGUUGAGCCUGGUGAGUGCAUCAAGGUCAAAGGGAAGAUCCAGUCUGAUGCCAAAGGGUUUGCUGUGAAUGUGGGGAAGGACAGCAACACCCUCAUGCUGCAUUUCAACCCUCGCUUUGACUGUCACGGGGAUGUCAACACCAUCGUGUGCAAUUCCAAGGAGGAUGGCGUGUGGGGGGAGGAGGACAGGAAGGCCGACUUCCCCUUCCAGCAUGGUGACAAGAUUGAGAUAUGCAUCUCCUUCGAUGAAACUGAGGCCACGGUGAAGCUGCCCGAGGCAGAGUUCAAGUUCCCAAAUCGGCUGGGCAUGGAGAAAAUUGAAUACCUGGCUGUGGAGGGUGACUUCAAAGUCAAAGCCAUUAAGUUCAGCUAACAGCUAUAGCUUGGCUUGUUUUGUUUUCUACCCCCUGUGUAGUGAAAUAAACCAAAACUUGCAAUGGC